UCAGAUGCCGCCCGCACCGCACCGGCACCGUGCACGCCUUCGCCUUCGCCUUCGCCUCUCCUCUUCCUCCGUUUGCACACCUGUAGGAGUAUAAGUUGCCGCCCGUCGCGCUCACUCUUCCGUGGUCGGCCCAAUCGGCCAGUCCGCACGGCGAGAGAGGAACGGCGCCCUCUUGUUUCGCCGCUCGGGCACCCGUCCCCGUCGCGCCACAGGACAAGGCCUCCCAACCGCCGCCCAUCUCCUAUCAUCAUCCGCCGAUCCCUUCGCUCCUCCCAGCUAGUUGUCCAGUCUCACUCCACACGGAACCCGUAGGAAGCGCGCGCAGUGUAACAAGCGAGGGGGUUUCGCCUGAUCAGCGGAGAGGUAGCGGAAACCGGUCGGCGGAGGGAGAGGAAGCGGUAGGGAAGGGCGGAAGGGGGAGAUGGACCACGCGGCGGAGGCGCAGCGAACGGACCUGAUGACGAUCACGCGGCACGCGCUCAACGAGCAGGGCCGCCACCCGGAGUCCCGCGGCGACUUCACCAUCCUCCUCUCCCACAUCGUCCUCGGCUGCAAGUUCGUCGCCUCAGCAGUCAACAAGGCGGGGCUCGCCAAGCUCAUCGGCCUCGCCGGCGAGACCAACGUCCAGGGUGAGGAGCAGAAGAAGCUGGAUGUGCUGUCCAACGAAGUCUUUGUCAAGGCGCUUGUCAGCAGCGGCCGCACCUGCGUUCUUGUGUCCGAAGAGAACGAGGAGGCCAUAUUCGUCGACUCGGCCCUCCGUGGAAAGUACUGUGUUUGUUUCGAUCCGCUGGAUGGCUCCUCCAAUAUCGACUGCGGUGUCUCCAUCGGAACGAUCUUUGGGAUUUACAUGAUCAAAGAUAAGGACAAUGUGACUUUGGGAGAUGUACUGCAACCUGGAACAGACAUGCUUGCUGCUGGCUACUGCAUGUAUGGGAGUUCCUGCACGCUUGUGUUGAGCACUGGAAAUGGAGUCAAUGGUUUCACUCUUGAUCCUUCCCUUGGGGAGUUUAUACUGACUCAUCCAAAUAUCAAGAUACCAAAGAAAGGGAAGAUCUAUUCUGUCAAUGAAGGGAAUGCCAAAAACUGGGAUGCGCCUACGACAAAAUUUGUGGAGAAAUGCAAGUUUCCCCAGGAUGGUUCACCACCUAAAUCCUUGAGAUAUAUUGGAAGUAUGGUUGCUGAUGUCCACCGUACCUUGCUAUACGGAGGCAUAUUUUUGUACCCUGCAGACAAGAAGAGCCCAAAUGGAAAACUUCGUGUUCUGUAUGAAGUCUUCCCGAUGUCAUUCUUGAUGGAACAAGCUGGAGGUCAGGCUUUCACAGGCAAACAACGGGCCCUUGAACUUGCUCCCACUAAGCUUCAUGACAGAUCCCCAAUAUUCCUCGGGAGCUACGAUGAUGUUGAGGAGAUCAAAGCAUUAUACGCUUCAGAGUCAGGCACUCCUUGAUCUGUGUCUGUCUGCCUGAGGACACAUGCACCAUUAUCCGGGCAUCCACAUUGUAACUCUAUUGAUCAGAUAUUUAUUUUCUGUUCUUGACCUUAAUCUAAAAAACCACUAUAUUCGGACAUGGUUCAACUCAAUAAUAAUUCAAGGUUUUAUUGAUCA